UGACUACAUAGGUUCACUCCGAGUGUAGAAUGUCUCAACCUUAACCUACAUAAAUUAAACCGAGGACUGAAUAGUACAGAGCGCAGUUCAAAGUAGUUAACUCUAAAAUACACAAACGACCAAACUACAUAAACAGGAAACAAAAGAAGUAGAAUAUCAUAAAAACGGAUACACGCAUACGUAGUGGAAGAUGGCUGGGAUGGGAUUCUUUGCUGCCCAAAUGGCAGAAGGAAUGGAAGAGGAAGAGAAAGGACGGUUUUGGUGGCUGAAAAGGUAUCAAAAGAAGGUAUCGCACAUAAUGCAUGCUCCCUACAUUUUAAUCAUCGUUUCCUGCCUGGCCAUUCUGGAUGCUACAUUCGUUGUGGGACAACUUAUCCUCGAUCUCAUCAUUGUAAGACAACUUUUCGAAAAGAACAUAGAAUACACGAGGACUCUAUCCGUUACUCUAAACGACACUUAUUACCCGGACUUUGCUUGUUUUGGAGGAGAUCACUAUGACACUGGCAGUGUAGAAGACUUGGUCUCCUUCCUCAGUCAUGGUGAUGACCAUGGCAAUGAAACAGAUGCAUCCGCUCAUAGAAGGAAGCGGGGCUUACAAGAGGCAGUACAAAGUAAUAAAGCACUCUCCAAAGUUCUGUUUACGGCCAUGAGGAACCUUCCUCUGACACAGAUGAAGGACUUAUGUGCCCAAUAUCCAUCAAGUAAAACCUCAAACGCCUUAGAAAAUUCGCAAAAUACUAAAUCACAUCUGGGAAGAAUGUUUAGUGUAGUAAAACAACGUAUUCAAAAACGUGCAGUAGUAAAUGAUACACAUAUUUCGACAAAUGAUAAAGGGAACGGCACAGACAAUCAUCAUAACGAUACCUCUCAUGCUGGUGAUGCGGGAAAUCAUGGAGAUCACGGGGAUCACGGGGAACACGGAGGUCACAGUGCACAUGACUGCCCCCACGUGGAACAUCACGGCCAUCACGCCCAUGAUCUGCCACACACCCUAGCACAUAUAUGUCACAUCGGGAGUCUCACUGUUCUUACCAUAAUGGUAACAGAGAAACUUAUUCGACUAUCAGCGUUUGGAAAAGCCUUUUUCAAAAAUAAAUUACAGGUGUUCGAUUCUGUUGUUGUUAUACUGUCGUGGAUCGUGGACUUGUACCUCAUAGAAGGCAUCUGGUCCCAGAGUGCCGUGGAGGCUGCCCUCAUCCUCAUUAUACUGCUGCCCUGGAGAGUCAUACGUAUCGUUAAUUGUUUCGUAAUGACCUUCAAAGAGAGAUAUAAGAUUCGUAUACGAAUAUUGGAAGAAAAAACAAAGGCGGCACAGAAGAAAGCAGAGAACGCUGUGAAACAAACGGAGACUUUAAAGAAAGAGGUGAAGCUACUCAGAGAUUUAGCCAAACUACACGGUGCUACAGAUGAAGAUAUAGAGAUUUGUAAAACAAAUGCCAAUGAUUCAUUGAAACGUAAGAAGGGUAUGUAUUUGAACAGUCUAGCCCAGAUAACUGCAAUCCUCGGCUCAACCAUUACCACAUCUCAGCCUAAUGGUGAAGGUGGAGAAGAAAAGAAGGACGACGAAAAGGAUGGACAUAUAGGAAAUGGUACAACUGGCAAUGGUGUAGCAAAGCAGCCGGAUGAAGAUGCAGACCACAAGCUUGAACCAAAUGUGAAACUUGACACAGGUGAUAUCCUUAAGGAGGAACACUCAAUAUCAAAAGACGACGCUGGUCUUAAACAGGAUCUUAUAAACAAAUUAGGGCCACAACAAGAAGAUGCCACUGAAGAGGAUCCAGGGAAAACAGAUUCGGUAAACGACGUGAACACCCAAGAGCAAAGACCUGGACGUACAAGAACAAAUAGCGAAAGCAACGACGAUAAGAUGUUCAAAAUCACGGACGACGAUGCUAAACCAACUGCAAGGGAAGUGACACUUAGUGAGGAAGAGGAGAAGAGUGACAAUCUUUCAACUUUAAUUGUUUUUGAUGGCUGCAAACAUUCACGAUAUGGAAUGUUGAUCUGCUCGAUCGCAUAUUGA